UCAUCCACUUUGUACCUUUCAGUCUCUCAUUAUCUGAAUCUGCUCCUGACUUUCAGAAUUCUACAGAGAAAGAGUGAAGAAGAUGGAGGGUUUGAUCAAGGGUAUUCUGGAUGUAGCAUUAGGUGAUCGAGAAGAAUCUUCAAAUGGUCAAGACAGAGAUGAAAGAUCUAGAUCAACAUGGGCACAAGUUGUCACUGGAGAUGAUGAUCAGGAAGAUACAACAACCAAAACACCAACAAAUCGUCGUCAAGGUUGGAAUAGGAAGGAAGAGGUAGAGAGGACAGAAGAAAGAACUGAGGAAUGGGAGGGUGCUGGAGGGCGACAUUCUAAUCAAAGACGACCUCAACAGGCUGCGUAUGGGGAGAAUAACCAAUGUGAAGGUGCUCAAAGUGAUUAUAACCAGAACCAAUGGAAUAGAAAGGAGGAACAACAGCAAAAUAGUGAAGGGUGGGAGACUGUUGGUAAAAAGCCUGCAAGGAGGCCUCAGAUAUGGAAAGACCAUAAUCAUGGAUAUAAUCGGCCACCAAGUGAGCAAGAAUACGCGGAUGAUGUUGGCCAUGGUUCUAAUAUCGAACCGUCAAGAGAAGAGCUUGCUGAUCUCUCACAAGCUUGUAAUAAGCUGUGGGAACUUGAUUCGAACCGUUUAGUGCCAGGAAAGGACUAUGAGAUUGUCUGUGGUGAGGGGAAGAAAGUGUACCAAAAUGAUGAUAUGGCGCAAGGAAGUUUAUUUGAUUGGCUUAGUGAAGACGUAUUCAGGAAGCCUACAUAUUCUCGUUUCUGUUCUCUUUUGGAUAAUUACAAUCCCGUUGUAGGGUCUAAAGAACAAGUCUCAGCUCAAGAGAAGCAAGAGGAAGCUGCAUUUAUAGAGGAGAUCAGUAGAACUGGACCAAUCCAAUAUCUUCACAAGUAUCUCACUUGCAAGGGCGUCGUUUCUGAAAAUAACCAAGAUUUCAAGAGAAUGUUGAGUGGUUUAUGGUUUGGUCUUUAUGGAAGAGGAGGUUCAUCCAGUAGCUCAUCUGCUUUUGAACAUGUUUUUGUUGGAGAAAUCAAGACACAAGGGGAAGACCAAGUUACAGGAUUUCAUAACUGGCUUCAGUUCUACCUAGAGGAAUCAAAAGGAAGAGUUGAUUAUCAAGGUUAUAUUUUCCCACGAAGACGCGGUGAAACACCGGACUCUGAAACCCAGUUGCUUACAAUUCAGUUUGCAUGGAACGGUGUUCUGAAGGCUGUUUCAAGCACAUUGGUUGGAGUUAGUCCAGAGUUUGAAAUUGCGUUGUAUACACUGUGUUUCUUCAAUGGCGGAGAGGAAAACCAUAUUCAGCUCGGACCUUACCCUGUCAAUAUCAAGUGCUAUCGGUUAGGGAAUGACAAGAUUGGUUCUGCAUUUCCAAUAGCGGAAUGUUGAAAUCCAUGUGACAAGCGUCAUAUAUUUUAUUGUUAUUGCUAUAUACAGAACUGUAAGAAACUGUGUCAACGUGUUUAUUAAGUGCCAACCUCUUUUAAAGGUUGCAGUCUGACAGACAUCUGAAACUUCUCAAAUGACGUAUUCUAUGAUUUCAAAUGUAAUAUUUCCUUAGAAAGGUACUCCGUUUACUCUGAUUCUCUGAA